UUGUAACGGUUGGUUAUUUACAAACUGUUUUUUUUUUCCAUUCCCUUGCUUAGCCAUGGAAUACCAAAAAAAAAAAAAAAACUCAAACUUUUCUUAAUUCAUCAAACAUGCCUCAUUUUAAGAUGAGAUGAAAUUUCCCCUCUUCCACACUUUACCAAAUGCUAACUAAAGUCAAUUUUGUAAGGUGGUGUGGGCAAUUGUCCACACCUGGUGGGCUGGUACAACGUGCCUUGGCCACUGCUUUCGUGCCUCCCCAUAACACAUUAGUAUGUAUUAAUGAUCGGCCUUUCUGAAAAAGACAAACUUGUGAGCCUGUGAGCUGCUAAUUUGAUGAACUGAAAGCACACGUUUAUUGAUCAAGCAAAAAAGGAAAGCGAUUCUAAGUUUCCUAUCAUACGCGAGCCUGAGAAGAUAACGAAGGACAUUGGGAUUGAAAGCCUGCGAUUGUCUCCGACGUCUCUCUCGUCUAGUCGUCCUGUGCCGUCCGCUCACCGCGGUUCCUUCGUUGUUCCUGGGUCCACCUUUGCCCGACGGUGAUAUCUCAUUUUUGCUAUGGUUUAUUGAGAUUGCCUUUGCGACGGAGGUUUGCUUCGAGAAUUACUUUUGUGAAAGUCUGCACCAGCGAGAGUGGCGUUCUCAACGACUUUGGUUGCUACCGCCACAAUUCUAUUCUAUGUUGUUAACUUGUGUCUUCGAGCUGUUUGAUGAAAUGACCACGGUGGAAGUUGCUGACAACUGAGGAUUUGCUGAGGGAAGGAGGAAGGGAACAAAUGGACAAGUUUCCUGCUGCUCGUAAGAUCUUGAGGAAAAUGGGAUUUGGAGAAGAAAAUUACUACUUCUGGAAACAAGUCAGCAAGGCUUUAUUAUGCACUUAUGCAGUCUUUGGCGCCGCAUGGCUGUGGAAUGAAACUUCACCAUUAGGCUGGUGGACAUUGAAACCACGUCCCAAAGAAGAGAAAGAACUUGCUCACCUGUAUGAGCGCCGAAAAUUUCCCUAUCCUGGCGAUGAGGAGGCAGUAAAAGAAUUUAUAGCCAGUGGAGGUGGAAUAGGCACAAGUAUAGGACCAAAGGGAAUCAUCGACACAGGGAAGGAGAAUGAUAAUUUUCAAAAGAAGAUGCAGUCUAAGAAGUUUGAACAGGAAGCUCUCAAACUCUGGCUCCGGAUGAGAAAUGAAGUCAUUGCUGAGCUUCGAGAGAAGGGUUUUGAUGUCGAGUGAUUAUAUCAUGAUUCUGUAAAUUGGUUGGCCUUGGGUUGAUGCCUGUAGAACCUCAGCAACCAAUAGAAUUACAAGGACUUGUUUAUAAGGAUGUAAAAUGAGCUGAGAUAAAUCAAAUUUUAGGUUGUUUGGACUUGGUUUGUCUAGAAAUAUGAGUUCAAACUAAAUCUCAAGUUUUCAA